UCAGUUUCAGUCCAUGAUCAUCGUCUGACAAAGAUAGAACGCAGUCGGAUCUGGUACAGUUUGCAGUACGUCCGUAAAACGUGUUUUCGGCCGAUAACUAUCUCUAAUCUCUCGCCUUUUUCUUCCUUUGUGUUGAGUAGCCCGAAGUGUUUAUAGUUCAUGAUUUCAGUGUUGAUUUUGGUGAUUGUUUUGUUGUGUUACUCUUGUGCGUGUUAUGAUUUUUGUUGAAUUGUUUCGUUGCCCUCGAUAAAUGGAUUACGACGAUUUGUGAUAAUUUAACCGGCAGUUCUCUUCAGGCCUUCGCGAGUUUCUAGUCAAACAAGAGGACCCUUUCAAAGUUUUUCCGGUAGUACCGAGAGCGCUCCAGACAGCGCAUAAGCCUUCAAACUGGCAGCCAGCGCCCUCGCCUCAAUGAAUCACUACCACCCUUACGGAGGACCGGAGCUCACAUCUCCGCAUCCCCCCUCGCCGGACAACAACAAUUAUCACGGUCAUCCGGGUGCACCUCCGCCUCACGCGAGGAUGCAUCCGACGAAUGGUCAUCCGAUAGGAACCCUAGGCCACCCUAGCGGUCCCCAUGACCAGCACCCCCACAACCACCACCAGCAUCCGGCGUUCAGCAGUGCCGGCCCACCAUCGGACAGCCCCCACCACUCGCACCACGGCCAAUCGAUAACAAACAACAACAACAAUAACAACAACAACAACAACACAGUGAAAGUAUGCGCGGGGUGCGGCGGUAAAAUUGUCGAACGGUUUCUCCUUCACGCACUGGACCGCUAUUGGCACAACGGUUGCCUAAAGUGUUCGUGUUGUUCGGCCAUGUUGGCCGAUCUCGGCACGUCGUGUUUCACGAAAGGGGGAAUGAUACUCUGCAAGCAAGACUACAUGAGGUAA